CUGCUCUCCAUGGAGCGAUUAGGAUGCAGGACUGGUUGCCACCGCUGGGAGGGGGGCACCGUGCCACGUGCUCCCAGGACACUGGCCAGGGGGCUAUAAAGAACAUCUCGAGAGGAGGCAGCACAGCCUUGUUCAGACGCCCAGUGACCUGCCAAAGUCGGGCAGCACAGAGCUCUGGAGAUGAAGACCCUGUUCCCGGGUGUCACGCUCGGCCUGGCCGCUGCCCUGUCCUUCGCCCUGGAGGAGGAAGAUAUCACAGGGACCUGGUAUGUGAGGGCCAUGGCGGUCGAUAAGGACUUUCCGGAGGACAGGAGGCCCAGGAAGGUGUCCCCAGUGAAGGUGACAGCCCUGGGCGGUGGGGACUUGGAAGCCACGUUCACCUUCAUGAGGGAGGAUCGGUGCGUUCAGAAGAAAAUCCUGAUGCGGAAAACGGAGGAGCCUGGCAAAUUCAGCGCCUAUGGGCAGGAAGCUCAUGUACCUGCAGGAGCUGCCCAGGAGGGACCACUAUGUCUUUUACUGCAAAGACCAGCACCGUGGGGGCCUGCUCUACAUGGGAAAGCUUGUGGGUGA